GCAGCGCUCCGGUUAGUAAGUGAGGAGCAAGUUGAGGACCGUUGACAAACGAGGAGAGAAGUACAGACCGAAUAACUUCAUCAAAAUGAGCCGGACAGUCGCGUUAUUUGACAGAAUAUUAAACUAUGCGGGCGCUUUUAACUCUUAGGCCGACAGACAGUGAUAUUCGUGUUGUCUUUUACCGUUUAGUCCUCUGUGUAGUUUAAUAUUAGUGUGCUAACGUUGCCGUUUGUCAAAGUUUUCAUUUGAACUUUAAGCUAACCGACCGAAACGACGUCAUGAUCCCCGAAUGUCCACGAGCCGGGGACACGAGGAGCCGAACCCGCUUCCUGCGCAGCCCAGCGGCCGAACCGAGCCAGAGCCGCGGUGUCAGCGGCUUGUUGUCCGAAAUCAAGACCCCCAUCACCAACGAACCUUUCACCGACCACUACACCAUUCUCCCCGGGAAAGAGCUCGGAAGGGGGAAGUUUGCUGUGGUCAGAAAGUGUGUGGAGAAAUGCACGGGCCACGAGUACGCCGCAAAGUUCAUGAGGAAGAGACGGAAAGGCCAGGACUGCCGGACAGAGAUCAUCCAUGAGAUCUCCGUGCUGGAGCUCGCCACCGUCAGCUCCCGGGUGGUCAACCUCCACCAGGUCUAUGAGAUGGCCUCUGAGAUGGUGCUGGUCCUGGAGUUUGCGGCCGGAGGCGAGAUCUUCAACCAGUGCGUGGCAGAUCGGGAGGACGAGGCCUUCAGCGAGGAGGACGUGAAGAGGCUCAUGAGGCAGAUCCUAGAGGGAGUCUCCUUCCUCCACCAGAACAACAUAGUCCACCUGGACCUGAAGCCUCAGAACAUCCUGCUGACCAGCUGCUCUCCUCUGGGGGACAUUAAGAUCGUGGACUUCGGCCUGUCCAGGAUGGUCUGCAGCCACCAGGAGCUCAGGGAGAUCAUGGGAACCCCGGAGUAUGUUGCUCCCGAGAUUCUAAAUUAUGAGCCGAUCAGCACAGCAACAGACAUGUGGAGUAUCGGGGUCUUGACCUACGUGAUGCUGACGGGCAUCUCUCCGUUCCUGGGCGAAGACAAGCAGGAGACGUUCCUCAACAUCUCCCAGCUCAGUGUGAGCUACACAGAGGAGGAGCUGCAGCAGCUGGACCAGGCCGCCCUGUCCUUCAUCCAGAUGCUGCUGCGCAAACAGCCACAGGACCGGGCCACGGCGGAGCAGUGUCUCAAACACCCCUGGCUUCAGUCCUCAGAGUCUCAGGAAACCCAGACAGUGGAGGAGAUCCUCCCAGUGGAGGAGCAGGAGGCGUCCAGCACCACCAGCAGCACGACCGCAGCCGAGGAGGAGGAACGCCCAGUGACGGAGGAGCUGAUCGUCAUGGCCGCCUACACACUGGGUCAGUGCCGCCAGUCCUCCACCUCGGAGAAGGAGGCUCUGGCCGCCGAGCAGAAGGCCAUCUCCAAACGCUUCAAGUUCGAGGAGCCCUUCAGCGCCCUGCAGGAGGUCCCUGGGGAGUUCAUCUACUGACCCCGCCCACCACACGCACCGCCAGCCUCCUGCAGAGGAAAAGUUAGUGUUGUCACGGUAACAAAAGUAAACCUGCUUAUUCAAACUCCCCUCCAUAUAUACUGUACGUUUGUAAUCAGAUGCUUUUGCACAGUCAAACUGAUUUCAUUUAAGAAGUUGGACUUUAAGUGCAUUUUUUAAGAACCCACUUACAUAUUUCUCCCAUAAUGCAUCACCUUGCUUGACACCCACCACACCCCAACGCAGCUACAGUAGAUUUUAUGUCACUUGUAUUUCAUUUGGUUUGCUGUUGUAGUUUUCUUUCCCCCUGAAUAACUGGCCAAAUGUCGACAGGUGUGAGACAUUUCCACGAGCUACUGUAAAUUUGGAAAUUGAGCUUUGAAGAGUGAGGUCGUCUUUUUGAUGGAGGGAGGAGUCCAUCACAGAGAGGCAGAGGGACAGAGGCUGAAUCCAGAUGUCCAGCUUCCAGACUGGGACUUUAAAUCUGAGAGGAAAACGCUCCAUGACAGUUUAGAGUAAAAUGUCUUGGAUGUUAUCACUCCCAAAAUCUUAACAUGUAAGUCUUAAGUUUUAAAUUUACGAGUUGUGUGCAAUAUAAAGCCUCAAUACAUAGAUAUAUUUAUAAAUAAAGAAUUAAAAAAAGAUCAUAAGUUCGUCUUUGACACUGGAAACGGUGUCAACAGAACCGUCUCACCACAAGGUCCAAUUGGUCGUUGUUCUGGAGCUUUUGAUCAUGUGAUACAAUCUUUGAUCUCCAGUUGUCAUGGAAGGAAAUUCAAUUAUAAUUUGAUCUGCACUUCAGUGACAAGUGGGCAACAACAACAUCUGCUGACGACCAAAAGCUCCAGAACAGCUACUAAAUGGACCUCGUGGUGAGAUUGUUUCAAAUAAACAAUAAAUAAAUAUCUGUUUAAAUAUCUAAAUUAUGCUAAAAUAUUAAUAUUGAUAUUAAUGUCACAUCCAUGGGGCUAAAAUGUGGAGGUAACAUUCAGAACAGUCUGAUGAGGUCUGCAUGUGCAGGGUGGUCUGGACAUGUGGAUUCAACCAGGGACAAACCCAGAGGAGCAGAAAGUAGAGCAGAGCGCACAGCCACCAAACACACCGAGCAACAUGUUGCUUCAGUUUCAGUGUUAUCCCUCAGACAGGAAGCCACAUACGAGCACUUCACACACACUUUGUGUCUUGUGUAAGAGGGGAAACUUCUUUCCUAUUAAGAGCCUGAUUGAUACUGGAUUUUUAGGCAAAGUCUGAUAACAGCUUUUACAGAGUUAAAAAAAAAAAACAAACAGCUUUGAUAAUAGAAUAAAUAACUGUGACCAAGAUAUGUACUGAACAUGAAUUUGACGGUGUAAAAAUGAACUUGUCAGCAACUGUGUAAUGGAGACACUGUUCCUCAUAGACUUUACGUCAUUUGAAUGACGUGCAAGUAAGAAUCACUUUUCUGGGCUCUGGGUAAGUUUUACAAAUGUAAAACAGAUAGUCAACAGCUUACAGACAUUUCUAUUACAGCGAUGGUCUGUGGAGAAAAUGCAUUUUUGAGCUGCAGGGAAUUUGUUGUCAUUGCAAUACCGUGAGCGAACACUGGGCAAAUUGGCAGUAAUUGGCUGUAUUGUCAUUUUUCCAGCUGAGCUCCACCCACUUCAAACCAGUGAGAGAAGCCCAGGUAAAAACUUAAUGUGCAAUGAACACUGUUCUAACUUUGAAACUACAAGAUGUUGUGUUCAUGUUAAACCUUCAUCACUUAUAAUAAACCUAGUCAAGUCCAGAAAUUACUGGACAGCCAAUCAGGAGAGAGAACUGUUAGCAGCCAUUGUCUGAGUCCUAAUUCUAAGGCUCUUGAAUCCUCCGGCUCUUGUGUGAAAUCACAGGUGAACACUGAAAUUAAACCAUCAUGUUUUGAUGACGGGGCAGAGGGCAUUCUGGGAAACGAGACGUCACUGAAUAAAGUAGAAAAAAAGACAAGUCCGGUUUAAAGAAACUAACAAACGAACUCCUGCCACUGACACCAGACGACAGGGAGAGCUCGUCUCUGUCGUGACGGUGCAGGAGACGCUGAGAGCUCCACUUUGCCAGGUGGAAACUCUCCACAGUAAAAACUGUGUAUAUAGGAACAAAUGCAGGUCCAGUCAUCAUAUAUGUGCAUGUGUACUGAUGACUGAGGUGAUUUGCAGUUGGGACUGUUUGUCACACUUGCUACAGAACAGUGAGGAGGAACUCACUUUUCUUACUCUUUUCAUGAUUUUUGAAUUCAGAAGCCAAAUCUGUGUCGAUUUCUGUCCAUUUCCUCGUGUUUGCUGCUUUUCCUCUGAACAGAACCAGCUGCUCCGAACUCAACCCCGUUUGUAUCUUCUCUUUUUUUUAUUUUGUAUUUUUGGUGCCAUGCUUGGAGAUAAUAUUUGAUUAUUUUAACUCUUGCUGUUUUUAUUUCAGGUGUUUCUGUGUAAUAUUGCAAAUAUCUGAGACAGAAUUUUGGAGUUUUCUAAUUCUGUGUUAAUGAUGCAGAUGUUGUUGUUUUUAAGAGGUGCGUACUGUUUAAAGAGCCAUGUCACAUACUCCUCUCACACUGAGGACUGACCCCCCGCGGUUCAGCUCUCUCUGAAGCAAUAAAGACAGAUCAUUUUAAACUUGUACGUGUAGACAGUGAGCGCUCUACACUUCCACUGGAUCUGUACUGUAAAUUUGUGUCUAUGAAACAAUAAGCUGUUACUAUGGGAACAGAUUUGUACAUGAAUGUCCCCUACUGUAAAUAAACAUUUCGAAUGCG